ACGUACGUGUUACGUACAGGCGCAGAGGCGCGGUUGCGCAUGAGCACUUGGUAGUUGACUUCCGACGACUCGUGGGUGACGGACGGGGGCGAAGGCGAAGAUGCGUGAAUGUAUCUCCAUCCAUGUUGGCCAGGCUGGUGUCCAGAUGGGCAAUGCCUGCUGGGAGCUGUACUGCUUGGAGCACGGCAUCCAGCCAGAUGGACAGAUGCCUAGUGACAAGACCAUUGGAGGUGGAGAUGACUCCUUCAACACCUUCUUCAGGGAGACUGGAGCAGGGAAGCACGUUCCACGAGCUGUCUUCGUUGAUCUAGAACCAACUGUGGUUGAUGAGGUUCGCAGUGGUACCUAUCGGCAGCUAUUCCAUCCUGAGCAGCUCAUCUGUGGGAAGGAGGAUGCUGCAAACAAUUAUGCCCGUGGACACUAUACCACUGGCAAGGAGCUGAUCGACUUGGUCCUUGACAAACUCCGUAAGCUGGCUGAUCAAUGCACAGGACUCCAGGGAUUCCUAGUCUUCCACAGUUUUGGAGGAGGCACCGGCUCUGGUUUCACCUCUCUACUGAUGGAACGUCUCUCAGUGGAUUAUGGCAAAAAAUCCAAGUUAGAGUUUGCCAUCUACCCAGCUCCUCAGAUCUCCACCGCCGUGGUUGAACCCUACAACUCUAUCCUGACCACCCACACCACCCUAGAGCAUUCAGACUGCGCCUUCAUGGUAGACAAUGAGGCCAUCUAUGACAUCUGCCGGAGAAACCUGGACAUAGAGCGCCCAACUUACACCAAUCUGAAUCGACUAAUUGGUCAGAUUGUGUCCUCUAUUACAGUAUCCUUGCGCUUUGAUGGUGCCCUGAAUGUUGAUCUAACAGAGUUCCAGACCAAUUUAGUCCCAUACCCACGUAUCCACUUCCCUCUGGCUACCUAUGCCCCUGUGAUCUCAGCUGAGAAGGCUUACCAUGAACAAUUGUCUGUGGCUGAGAUCACCAGUUCCUGCUUUGAGCCAGCGAACCAGAUGGUGAAGUGUGAUCCUCGCCAUGGCAAGUACAUGGCUUGUUGUCUGCUUUACCGGGGUGACGUGGUGCCAAAAGAUGUCAAUGUUGCCAUUGCUAACAUCAAGACCAAACGCAGCAUCCAGUUUGUUGACUGGUGCCCCACUGGUUUCAAGGUUGGCAUCAACUACCAGCCUCCCACUGUGGUGCCUGGUGGCGACCUGGCCAAGGUGCAGCGUGCAGUCUGUAUGCUGAGCAACACCACCGCCAUUGCCGAAGCCUGGGCUCGCCUUGACCACAAGUUUGACCUGAUGUAUGCCAAGCGCGCCUUUGUGCAUUGGUAUGUGGGGGAGGGGAUGGAGGAGGGGGAGUUCUCUGAGGCCCGGGAAGACAUGGCAGCCUUGGAGAAGGAUUAUGAAGAGGUUGGUGCAGAUACUAUUGAGGACCAGGGUGAAGAGGAAGAAUAUUAGGUAAUCAAAAACCAUCCCUAAUUAUUGAUUGAGGAUAAUUUGCUGAUUGGAUUCAUUCCAGGCGGGAAAAUUGAUUUCCAGUAUUUUUUUUCCGUCAAGUGGAAAUUGUACUCUUCCUGUUAAGCUAAUGUUGCUUUUGAUUCUGCUGAAUGUUGCAAUUAUGAGAAUACAUAAAAAAGAUUUGAGCUGAGUAGACAAACAGUAAGCGUUUGUAUAUCAAAAAAAAUUAUUAACCAUGUAUGUAUUAACUAUAACACAAUACAGCUGUAUACCAUAAAAAGUGGAUGUAAAUGUUAUAAUUUAAUCCAUAUACUUCAA